CUCCCUCUCCGUUGGUGUGGCUUCGUGCACAGCUCAUGCAUGCCACAAUUCUAUCUAUGCCAAGAGCAGACAUGGGCUUUCCUCUCCCACGGCCACGGGAGAAUGCCGUGACGCGAACCCAACUUAUUUCGUGACAACCAAUGCAGCUCGAUAGAUUCAUGGCCGCCUCCGUAGUGGUCCUCGCCGUCGUUGUUUCCCUCGCCGCCGUCCUUCCGAUCGCUCGCGCUGAGAUCAAGACGACACCCAUUGUCUCCGACUCGCGCUCCGUCAUCCUAUUUGAGGAGUUCGGCUUCAGGCGCGGCGGCCACGCCACUGUCUCGGCCACCGGCAUCACAUGGAGGGUCCCCGAGGAUUCCCAGCUGCAGGCCGUGGACACGACACUGAUGGGCUUCUUCCUCAUCUCCAAUUCCCUCUUCUACAAGAUCAACAACGAGUCCGACUACGCCGAGGCCACCGGCGGCGCCUUCUGCCCGCUGACAAGCAAGUACGUGCAGCGGCUCUUCCUGUUCAAGGAGGUCGCGCCCGACGGCACGGGGAGGGGCUCCCUGACCAUCGACUCCGACGACCAGUACACGGUGCUGUUCAGCAGCUGCCAGGAGGGCGUGGAGGUCACCAUGGAGGUGCGCACCGAGAUGUACAACCUGCGGCGGUCCGGCGCCAGGGAGUACCUCCCCGUCGGACUGCUGCCGCUGCCGUGGAUCUUCGCGGCGGCGGCCGCGGUGCACUUCGCGUUCCUGGGCACCUGGGUGCUCGUCUGCGUUAAGCACCGCAGGACGGCGGAGCGCAUCCACGCCGUGAUGGGCGCGCUGCUGCUGUUCAAGGCGCUCAAGCUCGCGUGCGCCGCCGAGGACCAGUGGUUCGUGGAGCGCACCGGCACGCCGCACGGGUGGGACGUCGCCUUCUACGUGUUCGGCUUCUUCAAGGGCAUCCUCCUCUUCACCGUCAUCGUGCUCAUCGGCACCGGCUGGUCCUUCUUGAAACCUUACCUCCAGGAGCGCGAGAAGAACGUGCUGAUGAUCAUCAUACCCCUACAAGUGAUCGAGAACAUCGCAUCGGCGGUGAUCGGGGAGACGGGGCCGGCGGGGAGGGACUGGCUAGCGUGGAACCAGAUCUUCCUCCUGGUGGACGUCAUCUGCUGCUGCGCGGUCUUCUUCCCCAUCAUAUGGUCCAUUCGCAACCUGCGGGAGGCGUCCAAGACCGACGGCAAGGCGGCGCGGAACCUCCAGAAGCUCACGCUCUUCAAGCAGUUCUACCUCGUGGUGGUGUGCUACCUCUACUUCACGCGGAUCGCCGCGUCAGCCGUCGCCGCCGUGCUCAGUUACAAGUACCAGUGGGCCGUCAAUGUCUCCAUCGAGACGGCCAGCCUUGCCUUCUAUGUGUUCGUGUUCUAUAAUUUCAAGCCCGUGGAGAAGAAUCCUUACCUUUACGUCGGAGACGAUGAAGAGGAAGCCGCGGGUGGGCAGCUUGAGAUGGAGAGCACAUUUGAGAUCUGACGUACGAGACCUGCGUGCGUGUACGUUAUGGAUGUCUUAUUAUCUCGAUCUCCGAGUGUUGUAUAGUUAUACAGUACUACGAACGACGUGAUACGAUUUUGAUAUUUUUCCGGUCGCCUAAAAUGUCCUAAUCUUUUCAGUCGUCAUGAUAGUUCUGGUGCGUGGUCUGUUUACA